GCCAUUACAUUCAUUCCUUUAGACACAGGCAUGUCUCUUUACACCGUCCUCACCACGAGCCUGCUUGCCCACUAUGCAAGUGCUUACACCCAAGUCAACGUUCCCUCACCCUUUAUGCAAAAAAACAUCGACCCCAUCGUCUUCCCUGGCUCCUUCGACAAAUCCCACCUACACUCCUUCUACGGCUCCGACGCCGUAACCGCCACCACUAAAACCAGCGCGGAGCUCCAAAAAGGCUGCACCAACGCAGAAGUCGCCGACGACCUCAGUGUCUACUGGGUCCCAACCGUGCUCUACACCCCCGACAAUGGCAAAUCCUACCUUCCCGUCCCCGUCUCGCGCUUCAGCGCCUACUACAACCUCGGCGAGACACCCGCCGAAAUCGCCAUCCCGCAAAACGUGCAAAUGGUUGCUGGAAAAGCCGAAGCAAAGGACAAAGCCGGCAUGGAUCCCAACGCCAAAUCAGAGUGGUUCUGCGAAGGCGACGACCCCGUUGCCGCAGACGCAAACGGGUUCCCCAGCAAAUCCUGCUCUACGCACUUGCAGCAGCUGCUGUACUUCCCGCAGUGCGUCAAUACAGAGACGCUGGAGACGGGGUACAAAGACCGCGCCAACGGCACGCCGAAUUGGUGCCCCAAAGGCAUGAAGUCGAUGCCCCAGCUGCGCUUCUCGAUCCGCUAUGAUCUGCGCAAGGCGCUGCCGAAUGGCUGGUCUGGCACGGCGCCUGUGAAGCUGGCCUGCGGUAAUGCGUUUUGCUCGCAUGGCGACUUCAUCAAUGGCUGGACGGCCGAGGCGGCCGAAAGCAUGGUUGCGACGACUAAAGAGAAGUAUCAUUUUCUGCCCGUCAAGGGUAAGCUUGCUGCGUCGACUUGUAAGCCAAAGGAUGCGGAUCCUGCUCAUGGUACUAGCGAUUAUGCAAAGAGCGUUGCUGCCAUGGCGAAGCGCAGUGUGGCUGCUUGGGGCUGGGAGACGAGGUCUAGGCUUGCUCGUUUGGUUAGCAGGGAUUGAGUAAGAGGGGAGGGGGGUUUGUAUGUGUGUGUGCUGGUAAUAGGCACGCACGAUGAUUAUUCGUUUUGUACAUAUAUUAUGAUACCAGAUUAUCUUUGGCUUGGGUCGACGCGGGUAUUGUCAUCGCAGCAGUAGCUUGCAAAUAGGACUUGUUUCUAUG